AUGUGCACAUUAUCCCUUCAGACAAAACCAUUUCUCCCUGCAGCAGCAGCAGCAGCAGCAGCAGCAGCAGCAGCAGAGGCGGCAGCAGUAGCAGCAGAAGCAGAAGCAGAGGCAGCAGUAGCAGCAGAAACAGCAGCAGCAGGAGCAACGCACACAGCAGGAGGUCUAACAGCACAAGUGAGAACUACAGCAGCAGCAGCAGCAGCAGCAGCUGCUGCUGCUGCUGCUUCUGCUGCUUCCACAUCGAAGUGUUUGCAACGAGCAGCACUAAAAGCAGCAGCAGCAAUAACAGCAGCAGCAGCACUAACAGCAGCCGCAGCAAUAACAGCAGCAGCAGCAAUAACAGCAUCAGCACCACUAACAGCAGCAGCAGCAGUAGCAUCAGCAUCAGUAGCAACAGCAGCAUCAGCAGCAUCAGCAGCAGCAUCAGCGGCAGCAUCAACAUCAGCAGCAUCAGCAGCAGCACCCUAUCAGCAACAGCAGCAACAGCACCCUAUCAGCAGCAGCAUCAGGAGCAGCACCCUAUCAGCAACAGCAGCACCCUAUCACCAGCAGCAGCAGCACCCUAUCAGCAUCAGCAGCAGCAGCAGCACCCUAUCAGCAGGAGCAGCAGUUUGGGGUGUAUAUGCACCUGUAUUUUACCGUCAAGUUUGGCCACCAUGUCGAAAUGUUUAG